CCAGAUCCCGCGCGUCGGGCGAGUGGGAGUGGCGCGCGGGCGGGAGGUGCGGAUCUGGUCUAUGCGCGAGAUCUAGUGGGGUUCUGGUGGUGGCGGCGGCGGCGAUCGGAGCGGAGCCGGAGCGAUGGCGUGGUGGUCCGGGAAGGUGUCUCUCGGUGGCCUGCAGGACAUCGCCGGCGCCGUGAAUAAGAUCAGCGAGAGCGUGAAGAACAUCGAGAAGAACUUCGACAGCGCGCUUGGACUCGAGGAGAAGCACGACGAUGAAGAAGGAUCUGGAUCACACACAUCUAACUCCGAUAGAAUAGGGUUCUUUAAUCCUGUCAUGGCAUUCAUGGGAAAUAACGGCGAGGAUUCUACUGAAACAUCAGAAAAGCAGCAACCUCCAAAAAGUACACCAACGGCAGAACAGAACCAAAGUGCCUCCGCAGGGCCACCUACAUCCAGGGCAGAUGCUUCUGAAGAAUCAGGAUCAACACAAUCUCCAAAACAACCAUCUGAACACGAAGAGACUCUUAUCAGCUCCACUGAGUCACCUGUAUCCAAGGCUGAGGUUUCUGAGCAACCAACAACACUGAAAACUUCAACACCACUUUCAGCAACAGAAGAAAAGCCUACCGGUUCUACUGAAUCACCCACUCGAGUAUCAGAAACACCACAAUCUCCCACAAAUCUAUCAACAGUAGAAGAAAACGGUGGGUCCACUGAGGCAGGUAAUACAAUAGAGACAGAAAACCAGGAUCAUCAAGAGGCCAAAUAUUCUGGUCCUAAUGAUGAAGCAUUAGAAAGUCAGCUUGAACAAUUUGAGAGAGACAUAUCUGAUGGUACAAAACCUUCUUCACAUACUGAAUUAGAUCAAUCAGGUAACAUGGGAGCAGUUGAGUACCUUCAUUCUGGAAUUGGAGACACAGAUGAUGGAAAUGCAAUACAAUCACAACCAGUAGAGUCCAUUAUAGCCAAUUCAGAUGAUGUAAAUGAAGCAGUGAAGAUUGUUCAAGGACAUAAUGACCAGAAUGAAAUAAGCAGUUUGCAGGAGAGUAGUGAUUCCAUUGAUCAAGCUAGUCAAGUGGAAGUCAAAGAACGCGAUGAGAGUACUAAUGGUGCUGAAAAUGAGGAAGAAGCUAAUCAAACAGAAGCACAGGCAGCAACUAUUGUUGAAAGGGAGGACAAUACUUUGGUGCAGCUUGAAGACCUUAGCUCAAAGUCCAUAACUGUGAAAAAUGAUGCAAACUCGCAAAAUGAGUCGGUGCCUACUUCUGCAGAUGUGCCUGUUGUACCGGUAGAAGUUGGUUCCACUUCAAAUGAUUUGAGAAAAGAAGAUAAUAUUCAGGGCUUGGUUACAACCAGCAAUCAUCUGGAAUCUGCUGGUUCUAUCGCAGAACUCGAGAAAUUAAGACGUGAAAUGAAGAUGAUGGAAGCUGCAUUGCAAGGUGCUGCAAGACAAUCCCAGUCCAAAGCUGAUGAAAUUGCAAGACUGAUGAAUGAGAAUGAACAACUGAAAUCAACAAUUGAUGAUCUUAAGAGCAAGUCAGUUGAAGCCGAAAUGGAUGCACUUAAAGAUGAAUAUCACCAGAGAGUAGCAACUCUUGAAAGGAAGGUAUAUGCCUUAACCAAAGAACGGGAUACAUUGAGGAGAGAGCAAAAUAAAAAAAGUGAUGCAGCUGCUCUUUUGAAAGAAAAGGAUGAAAUUAUCAGUCAGGUCAUGGCUGAAGGUGAAGAGCUAUCAAAAAAACAAGCUGCUCAAGAAGCUACUAUGCGGAAACUUAGGGCUCAGGUUCGUGAACUUGAAGAAGAAAAACAACGGCUGAACUCAAAGAUCCAGGUUGAGGAGACAAAGGUUGAGAGUAUUAAAAGAGAUAAGGCUGCAACAGAGAAGUUGCUACAGGAAACAAUAGAAAGAAACCAAACUGAACUUGCGGCUCAGAAGGAGUUCUACACCAAUGCUCUCAAUGCAGCUAAAGAGGCUGAGGCAUUAGCUGAAGCAAGAGUCAACAAUGAAGCCAAAGUUGAACUUGAGAGCCGUUUAAGAGAAGCUUGUGAAAAAGAGAAUAUGUUAAUUAAGACAAUUGAAGAGUUGAGGCAUGCUCUCACAAGGCAAGAACAGGAGGCUGCCUUCAGGGAAGAAAGGCUUAAAAGCGAUUAUGAUGAUCUUCAAAGGCGGUAUCAAGCUAGUGAACUUCGCUACAAUGAACUGGUCACACAAGUUCCUGAAUCCACCAGACCACUCCUAAGGCAAAUUGAAGCCAUGCAGGAGACAGCUGCUCGAAGGACAGAAGCUUGGGCUGGUGUAGAGAGAACCUUAAACUCUCGACUUCAGGAAGCAGAAGCAAAAGCUGCUGCUGCAGAAGAAAAGGAGCGGUCUGUAAAUGAGCGUUUGUCUCAAAGCUUAUCCCGGAUAACUGUUCUAGAGACCCAGAUUACAAUUCUUAGAACAGAGCAGACACAGCUCAGCCGAUCUCUUGAAAAAGAGAGGCAGAGAGCAUCCGAAAGUAGACAGGAGUACCUGGCGAUUAAGGAGGAGGCGGCAAUGCAAGAAGGACGGGCAAAGCAGCUUGAAGAGGAAAUAAAAGAGCUUAGGGCUAGGCACAAAAAGGAGCUUCAAGAAGCAACAGAACACAGGGAGCUGCUUGAGAAGGACCUUGAAAGGGAAAAGGCUGCCCGGGCAGAACUUGAGAAAAUAUCAUCACAUGAAGCACCAAAAAUUCCACUUCCAGAUCAGACAAGAAACGCCCCUAUGAGAAAGCUCUCUAGUGCUGGCAGUAUCAAUAGUCUGGAAGAAAGCCAUUUCCUUCAAGCAUCAUUAGAUUUAUCAGACAGCACUUCAUUAGAGAGGAGAAUGUCUGCUGAAAGUAAUAUGUCAUAUUAUCUUCGGAGCAUGACUCCAAGUGCUUUUGAAUCAGCACUCCGUCAAAAAGAUGGAGAGCUAGCUUCUUACACAUCACGUUUGGCCUCAUUAGAAUCUAUUCGGAACUCUCUGGCAGAGGAGUUGGUAAAAAUGACUGAGCAAUGUGAGAAGUUGCGGACAGAGGCUGCUGCUCUGCCUGGUUUAAGGGCUGAGCUGGAAGCUCUUAAACAAAGACACUUUCAAGCGCUAGAACUUAUGGGAGAACGUGAUGAAGAGUUGGAAGAACUAAGAAACGACAUUGUUGACCUAAAAGAGAUGUACAGAGAACAAGUGGAUCUUCUUGUUAGCCAGCUCCAGUCAUUGGGUGCUCAUGUAUAGUGAAUCUCUACGUGGCUUCGGCCUGCCAUCCAAUUUUUACCCGUUGCACUAAUCUACCAAGUCUGCAAUAGCAGAUUUGAGAACUUGGCGUGUUUCUUCGAAAUUCAAACCGUGGCAAAUGCCGAAAGUUUAUAUCAAUAGCAGUGUGAAAAUAUUCGUUUUUGUACAUCUUGUAGCACCUGUCUUUUUGGAUCGUCGAGCACCAACUGUUGUUUGGUUUAGUAGGAUGCUUUGUUGUAUACUAGGUUGAAUAGCUUUACAGUUUUAUGCCUAUUUGUUUGCAAUUCUUUUCAAUGAAGUGUAUCAAACUUCUAAUCCGAUCAAAAGUGUAUCACAGCGGAAUACGACCCAAAUAAUAUGAGCUCAUUUUGUCCAUUUUCUCAUGUUC